GGGUGACAGUGGAGGACCUUUAGUUUGCGAUAGUAAAAACGAAAAGCGUAUUAUUCUUGGAAUAAUGAGUUAUGUAAACGAUAGACACUGUUCUAGAGGAUCAACGAGUGAAACAGUCCAUACACCAGUACCAGAUUACCUGCGAUGGAUCUUCAGCAACAUGCUAGAUAGAAAUGAAUGGAGCGACUGGAGCGAUUGUCCUGUCGUUUGCUCAGAAUGUUUGUCAGGGGGAAAUUGUCUUGUCGGUAGAAUAUCAAGAAGUACGGGCUGUAACUUCGGAUACCAUGGCCAUUUUAGGACAGCCGCAGUUCUGUAUCAGAGAUUUAAGGAUGUUUGUAUAUUUAGAGAAAAAAUACCAUGCAGUUGUAACAUUACUGAUACUGGGUGUCCAGUUAUAUAUUCGCCAACACACGGAUGGUUAAGACGAUCUACUAAUGAUUCGUCAGUAAUAGUGGUGACAUGUAGGGAAGGUUAUGAAAUUGUUGGUUCGCGGAAUCAAAUCCAAUGUCAAGACAAUGGUCAAUGGUCAGCGAGAGUUCCAGAGUGUACAAUCAAGGAGUGUCCGUAUAUUGAACCUCCUAUGAAUGGCCGCAUCGAAGGUAAACGUACGUACAAAUCAAUUAUGACCAUUUCAUGUAAAGCUGGCUAUGAACUCAUCAACGGGAAAAGUGAAAAGGAAUGUUUGUCGGAUGGCACAUGGUCCUCACUAGACAGUCCUGUUUGUGCUGAUAUUAACAGAGAGACGUGUAAUAACAAGGCAACUAAAUUUCCUAAUAAAACAUGUAACAAAAAAUAUGAAUUGGAAUGUCCAAAUACAUUUGCCUGUAACAAAAAGGAAUUCAGUUGUUGCCAAGUAGACAUACCGCAGUGUUCACCACUUAUGAAACCGAAUGGUAUCGAACCAGAAAAAUGCAGAGGUGGAAGAAGCGUAACGUGUCCCAAAGGCUACAGAUGCCAUAUUGCAUCUGACAAUACAUAUUCGAUAUGCUGUUUGAAUAUCACAUGUGUUGAUAGCAAAGAGGGAAUCCACGACUAUGGUUUUAAGCCAUGGCGCAGCUUAUAUGACAAAUGCAAUAUGUGUACGUGUGAAAAGAAUGGCCAAACGGUGUGUACCGAUAAAAAAGAAUGCAGAGAGUGUAAUCUUGAAGGAUACGGUCUACAAAAAAGAGGUUUUGGAUACUGGAAUGGAUGCUGGCAAUGUAUAUGUAUAUCACCAAAUAAACGAAUCUGUACUAGUCCAUGUGAUAGAGGCCAUAGAGGGGACCUUAGUGCCGUAUCAUCAUGUUCUGGAGGAUGCAGUGUACAGGCCAGCGUGCGUCAAUGUAUUGAUGUUGACGAACACAAUGCUACAUGUAUGCUGCACGAGUUAGAAUAUAAUACGUGUAGACCAGAUUCGUGUCCACAUCCAGGCAUACGGAUAAAAGAAGAUGUACCAAUAAUCAUCGGGGGACUUAAGGUUAAGCCUCCCUAUAAUUGGAGAUGGAUGAGACACUUGUUUUGGAGAUUCUGGUGGGCCAUAUAUGUGCAGGAAAGAAAAUAGCAACGUUUGGGUUCAGUAUGGCAUUACAAGUUGGGGCCCUGCAAUGUCCUGUGGUGAACAAUCUGGUGUGUAUACUAAUGUUUCGAACUACAUUGACUGGAUCCAAGAUAAAAUCACGACACCUGGUGGUUGGGGUGAGUUUAGUGACUUUACAGAAUGUUCGUUAAGCUGUGGCAAUAUCGGAAAUGGAACAAGAUCGCGAGUCCGUGUGUGUAACAAUCCUGCGCCAAUAGGAAAGGGCACUUGUAAUGGGGCUCUUGGGAUAAAACAAAAAGACGAAGCUACUGGAUAUAUAGUCGAUAUACACAAAGAAGAAUGUGAAUCAGUUCCCUGCAAAGAUGUUGAAGGAGGUUGGAGUGAUUUUUCCGAGUUUACACAAUGUUCAGUAAGUUGUGGCAAUGGAACAAAACGUCGCCAGAGGUAUUGCAACAGCCCAAAACCUUUGGGUAAUGGUGUUUGUCCACACGCUAGAGGGACAGUGCACGAAGCCAAUUGGUUAUUGGUUGAUGUGGAAACAAUUACAUGUAUUGUUGAGUCAUGCAACAA